UAUGAUGGCACAACCAACUGUGACACCAAUGGUGCAAGUGUAUUUUUUAAUCAAGCAAAUUCCGAGAGCUAACCUAUUCAUAUAGUUGAAACAUAGGGGAUCUGGACAAAUUUGAACAGGAUGCUAAUUUUAGCCCAUUUGCCAUUGCUGCUUCUUUUGGGAAACCAAGAUUCAGUAACCUGUAUCGACCUGGAGAAACAGCAUGAAGUCAUCUAUGCAGCAGUUGGAGAACCUCUAGUAUUGAACUGCAUCUACAACUGUUCAUCUGGAUUUGUCCGUGGCCACUGGAUCAAACUCCCAGACUGUCCUCAUUGUCCUAGGCCAAGGGAAACAAAAAAUAGUACAACGAAUGGUGACCUCUGCACACUACCAUUGUAUUUUCCACAUCUGUCCACGGAAGAUUUUCGGUACAACUACACCUGCUUUUCUGAAGAUCACGAAAGCAAACAUUUAUCACGCAAGAUAGAGGUUUUGGUAUCACUGCAGGCACAAGGUCGACGUAGUGCCCCGGCCACAACGGUCAAUACUGAUGUAUCGGUGACAGCGUUGAGUAACCACGAAGACUCAAUAAUAGAUCAUGAGGAAUUCACAGUUGUCAAAGUGUUGGCAACAGUGACAGUUAUUGUGGCUGCUGUGUUGGCAGCCGUGGCUGUCUACUUAUGUAUGAGCCGCAAUCGAUAUUGCAAAGGAAAACCUGCUGUUAUCGGUACAGGCACAACAUCAAGAGAAGGAUCUAGUGUUGGAAGGCCGACAACAGGUGCAUGCUUAACUAAUUGUGAGAGAGUGGCACUGAGAAUAACUCCAGCUGAUUGCCAGAGUGAUCAUGAGGUUCCUUAUGCUGACAUAAUGAUUACUAUGCGAGGGGCCAGCACACCUGAGCUCACACAGAUCUCCUACCUGGCACCGGGGGACCAUAGAGAGAGGUGGAGAGAAGAGGCAGGCCCUGAAGCUAGGUCCCACCUGCAGGCCUCCCGCUCAGCUGAUAGACUGCAUGUCCAGCCCCGAGAGGUCUCCAGGAAGAUGAGCACAAACUCUGAUGACGCGUUAGCAGACCUGUGUUUGACCAAGGAAGAUGUCUGCCUUUCUCAAACACUCACCUUCGGCUUCCACGUGGGUUUGGCAAUAUCUUGGAGGGGUUGGCUCGAGAGGUCCUGCGAGACCAGCCCAAGAACAUCCCCACUUUUGCUGCAUUUUACUUCCCCGCUCUUCUCAAAGAAAGAGAAGAGAGUGGCUUGGACCGUGCAGAGUGGUGUGCCAGGCUUGAGGACAGAUUCUACGAUGUCAACUUUCUUUCUUUCUAAAUAGUCAUUCUGUAUUAAACGAGAAAAGUACAUUUCCUGAAGAAAAUGUGGUUGUGCUUGUUUUAAAGUAUUUGUGGUUUUGAAAUAAGUACUAGUAGUGGCAGUGACUGAUUAUAGUUGAAGGGGGGAAAAGUAGGUAGAUGUAAAAAAAAAAAAA